AUGCGUACCCUUUUCGCUGUACUAGUGUACAUCACUCUCGCAACGCUUGCUCAAGGUCUCCGUAUUGACACCCUUCUCGCCUACACGAUCUCGAAUGCCGACUCCACAAACACCGUUUUAUACGCGCCAACCACCUCCGGUGAGGCAGACGUAGUGGUGACUGACAUCAGCUCUGCCGGUAACGGAGCCAACUGGUACUUCACGAUAUACUCGGGCACCAUCAACACGCCCGGACUCGCGUACCUCAUUACGAACCAAGCAUUCCCGGGCUACCGUCUAGACGGCCAUCUGUCAAAGGUCCCGUAUCUUGCCUCGAACGCUACUUUAUGCAAUGGUCAAAUUUGGCACGUCGAUACGUGGCCUGAUGGGUCUGCCAGGAUCUGGCAGGACUGCUGUGGCGAUGGCUUGACGCUGGCGGCUAUGGGCGAAACAGCAUCGGUCAUAGAGGGGAAUGGCAGCGAUCAUGAGUGGGUUUUGGCAUCAGUUGAAGCGAGUUCGACGAGUUUAACACUAUCAUCUACCACAACGCCGGAUUCGUCGAGCCUUAUUGCGUCCACCACGGCAUCUACUAUCUCUGCGACUACCUCUGAGGCAUUGUCGACUACCUCGACGUUCCAGAUCUCAGCAUCACCUACAAUACAAACCUCACCCACGUCAACAUCACCAUCAUCAAGCGGUGGUCUCUCCACCGGCGCAAAAGCAGGCAUCGGCGUCGGCAUACCUAUGGCCACCAUAGCCGGAUUAGCAUUGGGUUAUUUUCUCUUCCGUAGGCGGCGAGGAAAGGGGACUUCGGAAAACGUGCAUACCAGGAAGGCCAACACUCCGGCAGCUCAGGCACAGUACUACAGCAACCAGCAGCUUCCGCAGCCAGAAUCCGUCCACGAGAUAUACUCUCAGCCUGAGGCGUAUCACGGCAUGCAUGAGCUUCCGUCGCGGGGUUAUCAAUAGGGGAAUGGUGUGGGGGCACGGGGGUAAUCGUUGAUGUUGCGGAG